AUGUUUCUCAUCCUUUGUCUUUACUGGGGCAUAGUUUUUCGCAUCGAAGAGAACUUGCCAUCGCUUGUAUGCUUUGUCGUCGACUUUGAUGGCCAGGUCGCGCCCUACGAUACAGUUGCGCCGCUCGUCGGCCCUACGGUCACCAACUUGGCCAACGAGACGCUAUGGAGUCCGAUUCCAUCCAUUGGAUAUCAAAUACGAACAGCGAGCGAGUUCAGAUUCGAUCCCCUUAAAGUCCGUGAAGCUGUGUAUCACUUCAAGGCUUGGUCGGCAAUCAUCAUCAACCCCAAUGCGACCGCCCUCCUCCAAGAAGCAGUCGCAAUUGGAAACUCCUCGUAUGAUCCAACCGGCGCUGUCCAAGUCAUCACAAUGUCUGGAAGAGACUCGUUCAUGACAUACAGCUACAUUCUUCCCAGUCUCACCACUUUCACAUCGGAACUGAUGAACCAAUUCGGAAAGACUUGGGGAGAGAUGAUCAUGGCGAACGAUACCAUCACAAAGGAGACUCUGCGCCAGGCCGCGAGUGCUGUCAACCCCGGGGUGUCACCUCUCAUGUUGGACCUUCGGCCGUUCGGACCUCCGGCGGCGAUUCCGGCAGUAACCUUUGGACUAAGCUUUCUUAUUGCACACCUUGGGUUCACUUACUACCUUGCGGAUGACAUGGUUAGUCCAAGCUUAACCCUCUUCGCGUCGUCUCAGAUUCAUGCUUACAACCCACUUCUCAGAAAUGUAUAG